CAAACAAGAUAGCUGUUUCUGCAUCCAGCGCUCACAGAAUAUCACAGACAUUUGCAGAGCUUUUUGAGAUGUUAUAGUAAUAAAAUAAUGACUUGAAUCGCAUGACUGAGGAGUUUGGUGAUAAAACGAGUGAUCAAAUGAACAAAUGGACCGCUAAUGUUGUUCUUUCUUUAUACAAGUCAAAUCGCGCACAAGAAAGCGCUGCCUGCCAUCUGAACAGACCACAUUCUUAUUUAAAUUUAUUAUCACAGAACAAGAGGAGUGCCAUUCUGUAUCCUGCAUUGCAAAUGGUGUCUUCAGUUCUGGUGCUGUGUGUGCUGUGUGCUGGAGCCUCUACAGGGAGUUCCAGUCUCGCUGCGGGGCUGACUGCACCCCGCUCCGCAGACAGCUGUUAUGACUGGGACACAAAUAGGACCAUGCAGGUGUACGUGGGGGAGACCGUGAGGCUGAGCUGUCCGCUGUUCUCCAACAUCACGAAGUAUAAUUACAGCACCGCCCAGGAGGCAGGACUCACUCUGGCCUGGUAUUGGACCAGGCAGAACCAGGACCUGGAAGAGCCCAUCAACUUCCUCCUCAAAGACCACUGGAUCAGCAAAGAAAUGGACAUACUGUGGUUCCGUCCCACUUCCGUAAACGACACCGGAGCCUAUAUCUGCAUGCUGAGAAACAACACUCACUACUACAAGAUCGCUGUUCCGCUGAUCGUCCUUCAGAAGGAUCCUGGCUCCUGUGUCAGCUCACACGUCCAGCCUGACCGCAUAAUGAUCCCCCUGGAGGGGGAUGGCGAGCUGUCCUGUCCCGAUAUUGAAGGGUAUUACCCGGCACAAGAAAAGCCUCCAAUCAGCUGGUACAAAAACUGUACACCAGUGGAGUCCUACAGUGAGAAGCAAGUCAAGUACAACAAAAUAUAUUUUAACAUAAUGAGACAAAACUAUGCUGGGAACUACACCUGCAUUGUGAACUACACUGUAAAUGGAACCACUUCCACCCUAACAAGGACUGUAUUCGUCAAGGUCGUAGGCCCACCUAGUAUGCAAAAGAAACCUGUCAUCCACAAUCCUAACAACCAAAGCGAAAUUAUUGUGACACUGGGUGCCCUGACCAAGUUGUCCUGCCAGGUGUUCUUUACAUUUGUGAUGAACUCCGAGACUGAGGUGUGGUGGACCAUCGACGGGAAGAGAGAGGAAACCUUCACAGAUCCGAGGGUUGAGAUCUACACCAGUGUUGAGUGUAAAGAACUGGAGGAUAAGAUCAUAACAAAGACUCUGCAAAUUAAGGAGUUCAGCUUGCAGGAUGUGAAGCGGAACUACACCUGCUUCGCACGAAACGUCCUCGGAGAAGUGAGCAGACAGGCCAGUUUGAGAUUGACAACUCCCGCACCCAUAGUAGAACUGGCCUGUGGUCUGGGGGUCACCCUGUUACUCAUGAUCUCGCUCUUCAUCGUCUGUUAUGUGUACUGGCUGGAGCUGGUUCUGCUGUACCGGGCUCACUUCGGCACAGAUGAAAGUGUCACAGAUGGAAAGGAGUAUGAUAUCUACAUUUCUUACGCACGGCACGCAGAAGAGGAGGAGUUUGUUCUGCUCACGCUGCGCUCCGUUCUGGAAAACGAGUUUGGCUACAAAGUGUGCAUCUUUGACAGGGACAGUCUACCUGGGGGCACCAUCACAGACGAGACUCUGGGCUUCAUCCGGAGAAGCAGGCGUCUCAUUGUUGUCCUGAGCCCCAAUUACCUCCUCAAGGGAAGCCAGACUUUGCUGGAGCUCAAGGCUGGGGUUAAUAACAUGGCCCAGUCUGGCAGCGUGCGGGUCAUACUGGUUCAGUUCAAACCAUUGAAAGCUGCCGGACAGCUAAAGGAGCUGAAGCACGCCCGGGCAGCGCUGACAGUUCUUAAAUGGAAGGGGGAGAAGUCCAAUGACCUCCACUGCAGGUUCUGGAAGCAGCUCUGUGUAGCGCUCCCGGUGAAGAGAAAGCUCACCCCAGAAACUACCCCUCGGUAAAGGUUCUGCCUUCUACCCUGAAGGGCACAUGUAAAACACUGGGGAUUUUUUUUGUUGUUGUUAGCAAUGGGUUUUAAAGACUGCAGUGUGGAAAGUGUUUCUCUUAUGCUAAGUCCACCCACUGCAGAGCUAGAAAUCUUAGCAGAUGGAGGCACAGAGUGAUGGGUAGCGCUGCUCUGUGGCUACCACCAUGCGCCUUAGGAGGGCGCUGUAGACCACAACACUGAAGAGCUACCAACACAUUGUCAUGGAAACUCGUUUUUCUUAUGAAGGGCUGCUGUUAAGAGCAGCAUUUCUUUUAAGUGUCACUUUCAUUUUCGUCUAGUUGUAUUUUAUAUCUGUUAGGUAAAAUAUACAUUUAUAUUUUAAUGCAUGUGAAUAUACUUGCAUAUAUACAUUUAUAUUUUAAUGCAUGUGAAUAUACUUGCAUAUAUACAUUUAUAUUUUAAUGCAUGUGAAUAUACUUGCAUAUAUACAUUUAUAUUUUAAUGAAUGUGAAUAUACUUGCAUAUAUACAUUUAUAUUUUAAUGCAUGUGAAUAUACUUGCAUAUAUACAUUUAUGUUUUAAUGCAUGUGAAUAUACUUGCAUAUUGGUUACAUAUGUUUGGUUUUUUUGUUGUGUGUUUUUUUUUUUUUUUUUUACAUAUUUUGUAUCUUAU